UCCUCAUCCUGUCUGAGUGAGAGAGGGAGAAGCAGCGGAGGAAGAGAAACUACUCCACAGCAACUUUAAACAACUUUCACGCACACUUUUUUUUUAACCUAAUACUUUCCUCGUCGAUUUUACGCGUUGUCCCUCCGGCAGAUGGGACUUUUUCUGCGGGGAAACCUUAGUUUAUUAUGCAGCUUGCAGGAGCUGAAGUGAAGGUGCGCCUGAAGGAAAAUGCUCUGACAUUGUUCUCGUGACGAUUUUUGUUGUCGCUUUGAUUAAAACACUUCUUACAGAGACUUUGAGAGUUUAAGUGUGCGCAGCGUCACUGGAAGCGUUUGGCCAUAAGGGACGUCAAUCCAGCGCCAAGUUGCUGAGCAGGAGAAGAGAAGAAGAAGCUCUCCUCACAGCGGUGGAUUCAUGUUGAACCACAACCAGAAAAGACACGACCAUUAGAAUCCGGAUUCAGUGAUGUACGUGUGAAGAGUUUCCCUGAUCCGAAUUGGUUUGGUUCGGACGACGGGAGACUUUAAUGGAUUUUUUAUGUGGGACCCGCUAGGAUGGACGUGGUAGAUGAAACAGAAGCGUUACAGAGAUUUUUUGAAGGUCAUGAUAUUACCAGUUCUCUGGACACAGCCAACAUCGACACCAGUAUCCUGGAAGAGUACAUCAGCAAGGAAGACGAUAGCACUGACAUCUGUUUCUCAGAGGUCCACAGCGCCCCGGGACCAAAUUACUCAUCUCCCCAGGCAGGAGUGUCCUCCUCUGGGGGGUUGGUUUGUGGUGUGAGCCCCCCUAUCCCACUACGGCAAGGAGCCCUUCCGCCUGGGCCCCCCAACUGUCAGAACACCUACCCCCCAGGUCCAUCCCUGGGCCUCCGACACAACUACCCCUGCCUGGGACAGCAGCAGCAGCAGCAGCAGCAGCAGCAGCAGCAGGCACACAUCAAGCCCGAGCACAGGGGCCACUACGCCCCAGGGACACUACCUGAGUCCCCCCCAGACUCCAGUUCAGAGCCCUACUCUCCACAGCAGGUGAAUGAUCCUCACAUGAUCAGGACCAUGACACCAGAGAACAUGUGUCACAUGACCCCAACGCCACCAAUACACUAUACGAGCAUGCAUCGGGACAUGUACCUCAAGCCCGAGCCCAUGAUAUCGCAGUAUCCCAUUGGCCCAGCCACAAGCGGAGGUGGAGACAUGCAGCAGACGCAGAUGCUCCAUCAGCUGCUACAGCAUCCUCAGGGGCAAGAUGGCAUCCCUGUUCACCAGGCCAAGAAGAGGAAGCACUCCGACUCGCCCAACAGCACCCUCAAUUCCCAAAUCCUCACAGGUAUCAUCAAACAAGAACCAGGUUUAAUGCAGGAUGCAGACAACGCCUACCUGGACCCAAACUAUCAGUGCAUUAAGUGGCAACCUCACCAGCAGAACAAGUGGACACCACUCUAUGAUGCAAACUGCAAAGAGCUUCCGAUGCCAACCUAUCGCGUUGAUGCAGACAAGGGUUUCAACUUCUCCUUGUCUGAUGACGCCUUUGUUUGCCAGAAGAAGAACCACUUCCAGGUCACAGUGUACGUAGGCAUGCUGGGCGACCCCAAGUACAUCAAGACGAGUGACGGCCUGCAGCCCAUCGACUGCUUCUAUCUUAAACUCAACGGGGUAAAGGUGGAGGCCAUAAAUCAGUCCAUCAGUGUGGAGCAGUCACAAUCUGACCGCAGCAAGAGACCGUUCAAGCCAGUGCUCGUCACCUUGCCACCAGAGCAGGUCACGAAGGUCACAGUGGGGCGGCUCCACUUCAGCGAGACCACGGCCAAUAACAUGAGGAAGAAGGGCAAACCAAACCCUGAUCAGAGGUAUUUCAUGCUGGUGGUGGCGCUGCACGCUCAGUCCCACAGUCAGACCUACACUGUGGCUGCUCAAGCGUCUGAGAGGAUCAUCGUCAGGGUAACGUCUGGCCAUGCAUCCAACCCAGGCCAGUUUGAAAGUGACAACGAGGUGCUGUGGCAGCGUGGACAACUACCAGACUCAGUCUACCACCACGGGAGAGUCGGCAUCAACACCGACAGGCCCGAUGAGGCCCUCGUCGUCCACGGCAACCUGAAGGUCAUGGGCUCUCUGGUGCACCCGUCUGACAUCAGGGCCAAAGAAAAUGUCCAGGAGGUCGACACCACAGACAAUUUGAAACGGAUCUCUCAGAUGAGGCUGGUCCAUUAUCAGUACAAGCCAGAGUUUGCUGCCACCGUGGGCAUAGAGAACACUGCAGACACCGGAGUGAUCGCUCAAGAGGUCCAGCAAAUCCUGCCUGAAUGCGUGAAGGAGGGGGGUGAUGUGGUGUGCGCCAAUGGAGAAACGAUUCCCAACCUGUUAGUUGUCAACAAGGAGCGCAUCUUCAUGGAGAAUGUGGGGGCGGUGAAGGAGCUUUGUAAGCUGACGGACAACCUGGAGACGCGCAUAGACGAACUGGAGCGCUGGAGUCGCAAGCUGGCCAAGCUGCGUCGUCUCGACAGCAUGAAGAGCACUGUGAGUGGAGGCACUGUCAGCCAAUCAGGAAGCUAUUUUAGCCGGACAGGAAGUGGCCCGCUCAAGAAGAAGACGGUCAAACCUGGGAGCAAGAGCUCGCCUCCAGAUCAGGGCUGCAUCAGUCAGAAAUUCAUGCAGGGAACCAUCCUGGCACUGGUCAUUGUCAUGGCCUUCAGUGUCAUUUCCAUGUCUGUUCUUUAUGUACUGACUCUUCACCACAGAGGAGACGUCACAGAUGGCUAUGUCCCUUCCUGUGUUCUCUACAUUUCUUGGAUGCCCAUCUUCACUGCCACUGUAACUUUCUGUCCACCUGUCUGCCCCUGGUCCAGGGCAGCACUGGGAUCUUCACGCAAGAGUGCCUCACUGUCCACCACUCCUGCACCUGCUUGCUGUUCAACCCCCGUCACAAACAACCAAUCAACCACAGUUUUGACUCUGAGUAACAACCAAUCCACAACAGAUUUAGGCAGCCUGGCUCCCACACCAGGCGUUAUCAGUAAGAAGGCCAAGUCCAGAGCGAUGGACAAGGAUGGCCACAGUAGAAACCGCCUGAGUCACACCUCAGCCCCUUUGUACUUUGCCAAGUCCAAAAGGCCGGCACCGACCGACCUGGACAGCGCAGGGUCUACCAACCGUCUGCCCGGGAGUCAGCCAGUGCCACGUAGACAGCGCAGCCUACAUACAAAGGAAGGAAGGUCAGCUCCCUCUCUGACCAGUCUACAUAUUGUUGAAACCAACCAAGAGAUCACAGCGCAAAGUUGUGCAACACCCAAAAGCUGCAGCUACACCAUAUCACUCCACGGAAAAAGAAAUUCCUCCACCUCACAAAUUACUUUGUACAUGACGUCCACAAAGAACGUGUGGGUUCAACAAUGUGGAGCCACCAAGGGACGGCUAUGCCCCAACCACACAGAGGCAGCGCUCUACAGGGGUCAGAGUACAUCAACAAAGGGGACUCGUCACAUGUGGUCAGUGCCUGUUCUGUCGUUCCAGGACGUCACCUAUCACUUCCGUGUGUCCCUGUCUAGUGAAGUGAGUUGUGCCACUGAAGCAGAAACCUCAUCCCUCUCUGACUACCAUUUUCUCAUCCAGAGCAGCUGUGUGUGAGGAGGAGGACGAUUUGCUCCACGUGCCUUUAAACACACCAUGUUUCUCCUUCCAUUUUAACACUGUUGUGGUGGGAGAGGGUUUUUGUAUCAUUCUUGUAUAUUAUUUUUAAAGAGAUUUAAUACAGAACAAACUAUAUACCACUGUCCCACUGUAAAGUCCUCCACAUAUAUUUGCAUUCAGACAUCUCUUAUUGCUGUGAUCACUGGAUUUUCAAACACUGUUUCACUCUCUUUUUUAUCUCUGUCACUGAAAAUGUUGUCAAUUGACAACUGUGUGUUGUCACUGUUCACUGCUAUUGUGAAAGUAACACCCAUGAUAGCUCACUUCAUUACUGAUCACUAUGUCCUCUAUAGUUAACAUACGUAAGCCAUAUCACUUUUUUAGGGGAUUUCACAUUUAAAUCUAAAGUCCAGACUAAGACUCUGUAGAUGACACUGCACACAUUUUUGUGUUAAGUUUUAUAAAAGUGUGUGUCUGCCUGGACACAGACACCAAUGUCAGAUGAAAACAGCAACACUGUUCACUAAUUGUAAACACUGGAGAGAAGAUGACUGGCCUCUGCUGAAGGCCCUCAGUGAAUGGUUGCAACUCACAAAGAAAAUAUACCUCAGUAGUGAACACUGGCAAACCCUGGGUCUCUACAGUGGAGCUUUGUGUUUGAGACUGCUGCAGCCUCUAGACAGUCUACUGUCUCCUCACACAGUGUCAGACUAAACGCUGUGCACAGAGGAACAUACUGUGCAGAAUUUCUAUCUCAGCUGUGGCGUCAAAUCAAACAUUAAAUUGUUGCAUGAAAUGUUAAUGCAGGGGAUUAAACUUAAAAAAUAAAUUCUCAUGACGAGUCCUUAAAUGAAAGCGUCCUUUUCAACAUUUUUACUGGAUAAAACGCGAUAAGACUGGAGAAGUAAACAAACCACUGGAAAUGACCAUGUAGAAACACUGACGGCUACUUGUAUCUGAUAAUGGAUAAAGUCCAACACUGACAAUAUUUCAAGAAACACUGGAAUAGGUUAGAUUGUAUGUUGCUAACUGGAAAGAAUGCUGGUGAGGCAAUAAAUGGCUUAUAUCAUUUCAGUGCACGCCCAAUCAUUUGUCUAAAACGGUACAUCUCAGCUCAGAGGCAACUCUGUGAAACUGCAUGUAUUUAUGCAAAAUUAGAUAAGAUACACUGGACUCUUCCAUGUUUUUCUGUGGGGGUUUUGAAUACUUUCACUUUUUUGUGCCUAUUCAAUUAAGUAUACCCACUCAUAACUUUUCAUACAACUGACUUGUAAAUUGUUUUUCUUUCUGUUAUAAUUUCUUGUUUUAAAAGCUUUCACCUUACUUACUCAAACCACCAUCUAUAUGUUGCGUUUGUCAAAAUUUGUUUUCAAAUCCAUAUUCCCUAUGUAAAUGCAUUCAGAAGAAAAAAUAGUGUAUUUCCAAUGUAAAAUCAACAUUAUAGGAAUAUAGGAUGAACAGCUUUCAGACAAAAGUUUUUUGAAUUUGUCGUAAUAUGAAUACUAUAAUGUUUUGAGUAUAAUUAUUAUGACUUCAGUGGGUAUAGUGUACUAUUUCAGCUUAUUUAUAAUGCACCAGCUAGCAUAAUGAAACCACUGUAGCACUUUUUGCACUGUAUAUACGCAAUGAACUGCUUCUGCUCUGUCCAGUGCACCAGAUUGGUUUCACAUACUCUGGUAGAAUUGCAUUGCAUGUAACUGUAUAGCUUCAUUUUGUUACUACCAAUGCUCAUUUUUAUGUGAUGUGUUUUAUGUAAUUGUUUUUAUAGUUCUUUUUUGGUUGUUGUUUUAUCAAUAAUAUAUUAACUUUUCGCUAUUGGAGCCCAGAAAUGAUUGAUAAGCAAGAGAAGACACACAUUUUAUUUCUAAUUUUAGCACUGUUUGUUAUGAGAAAAUGCCAUGACACUAAAAUGUAUUUUAAUAUCACUACUUUUACUUUUAAGCCUAUUUUAGCGCUACAUUUUCAAA